UGUUAUGAUUAUUAUUUUGCUUUCCUCCACUAACAGACCGAAGUCGUAAUAAAAUAUACACAUUCUAGUGAUUAUAGAAUAAAUUUAUAACUUUUUCUAAAAUAUUGUAAUCUAUUAAAGUAAACAUAAAGUGUGUCCAAAAAACAUUGCAACUACUGCAACAAAGUGUUUUUAUUUCACAUUUUGAAAUUCUCAAGGACAGAUACAGGACAUUGUAUGACUUCUCUGGAGGAAGUUUAGUAAAGGCGUAAUUCUGGUGAAAUUGAAAAAUCUAAAUCUGCAGAAACUGUACAGAACAGAGUAGUAACGAAGCUAAUGCAAAAUGCGUGGAAUUGAAGGCAAAGUGGUGGUGUUGGGUUCACGAGGUGUCGGUAAAACGCGCUUGGUUACAAAAUAUGUAAAGAACUCAUUACACAAGGAUAUCGGUUCAACGAUAGCAGCAUCAUUUUUCACAUGCAAAGUAAUGCUGGACGAUGUUAAAAUCAAAUUACAAAUUUGGGACACUGCAGGACAGGAGCGCUUCAAGGCUGUCGCACCGAUGUAUUAUCGUAACGCGAAUGCAGCUAUUUUAGUAUUUGAUUUAACAGAGUCCAGUACUUUUGUCGAUAUAAAAUCAUGGAUUCAGGAACUACAUCGACACGUGCAAGAGCCAAUGGUACUUACACUUGUUGGCAAUAAAUUGGAUUUGCCAGCACAGCGUCAAAUUACACAUGACGAAGCGUUUAUGUUUGCAUCAUCUCUCGGUGCUACAUACUUUGAAGCAUCUGCCGAAAGUGAUCAAGGACUCGAACAGGUAUUCCUCUCCACCGCAUUGGGUUUGGUGCGUUUGGCGGAUGAAGGCAAGAGUCGUUCGUUGCGUCAAUUCAAUUCUUGUGACUCCAUAUCAGCCUAUACAAAUAAUAAUACUGCCUUAAGUCAUACCUGUGCAGCGUUAGCGGAGAAAAAUGGCAACGGUGCAUUCCGUUUGCCAUACGUACAUGUUGGCAUACCGGUGGAUGGUGAUGAUGAGCGUAAGGUGACGGGUGUAGGUAGACUGGAGACGCCGUCAUGGAGUAUUUCACAUAUUGCUUUUGGUGAAGAAGAGCGCACAAGUUGCUGUUGGUAAAUGUGAAAUGAAUUAACAAAUUAACAAACAAAAGCGCUUUGUUAUUUUAAAAGGGGCUAAUAAAAA